CGUCUCAGUGGGGGCUUUAGGGUUUUGUGGAUUUCGUUACACCUUUCUCUUCUCUUCACUCCAAAGCUCAGAGGCGAAGCUUAAGCGAAAUCAUCAAUAAUGACUGCUCAGACCCAGGAAGAGCUUCUCGCUGCUCAUCUCGAACAGCAAAAGAUUGAUCCUGAUCAGCCUACUGUUGAGGAUGAUGACGACGAUGAUGAGGAUGAUGACGAUGAUGACAAGGAUGACGAUGAACUUGAAGGACAGCAUGAUGGAGAUGCAAGUGGUAGGUCAAAGCAGAGUAGAAGUGAGAAGAAAAGCCGAAAAGCUAUGUUGAAGCUUGGGAUGAAACCUAUCCCUGGUGUUAGCCGGGUGACCGUCAAAAAGAGCAAGAAUAUCUUGUUUGUCAUCUCAAAACCGGAUGUGUUCAAGAGUCCAACUUCAGAUACAUAUGUUAUCUUUGGAGAAGCUAAAAUUGAGGACUUGAGCUCACAACUCCAGACACAGGCUGCAGAGCAGUUCAAGGCGCCCGAUCUCAGCCAUGUGAUCUCCAAACCCGAGUCUUCAGCUACAGCCCAGGAUGACGAAGAUGAGGAUGAUACUGGAGUGGAGCCAAAGGAUAUCGAGUUGGUCAUGACACAAGCUGGUGUAUCCAGGUCAAAGGCAGUGAAAGCAUUGAAGGCUGCAGAUGGAGACAUUGUUACUGCUAUCAUGGAGCUUACCAACUAAGAAAAGUUGAAUUAAUUGUUGGUUCCCUCAUAGGUGUGCUCUUUUAAGUUUGAGAUGUUCUUUUAAUGUUAGUCUUUUUUGCAAUUCUGCCCUGUUGUAUGAGUUGAAAACUAAUAUAUGCCCUAUAUGGAUAAACAGUGCUCUUUUCUUCUC